AUGGGUUCUGCGAAGUCUUUUCGGUAUGAAGUUCUCGUGUAUCCUCCAAAGGAACAAUUAUUGCAACAACCGAAUGUGACGGCCUCCUCUAAUUCGGUUCAUCAACAAUUCAUGUUACAAACCCAGGCUCGAAGGUUUUCAUGUGACAGAGAAAAUAUGCAGCAAUACUGGGUUCCUGACGGAUAUCGCCCCGUUCUAGUUCAUCGUGACCUGCUGAAAUUCAGUUUGGCCGCGACUAAUGAUGUUAAUGAUUCUCGACAAACGACGUCUACGGCUCCUGCUCAUCACGUUCCUAAUCUUAACGUUUCACCCCUGAAACAGAGGACUACUACCAAUACGGCAAUCGACUCACAUCGAUCGAAACGACGUCGUCGUAUAUUAGUCCCUUUUAGAGACCAAGGUCAACCGGUUCAUCCAGGGAUAUCGCAAAGGACAUUCUAUGCUGCCGCCCUGUAUUACAAAGUAAAAUGCAAAGAAUUGACGGCCAAUGGCAUAAUUUCAAACCCUCCGGUGGAACCCCCUUCAAGGAUCAUUGGAAAAAUGUGGUAUGAAGAACCAGAGAGCGUAAGAAGACGUUACGAAAGACUUGCCCAUAGAAUAAAGAUGGAGCACGAUUGUAAAAGAUCGAAAAAUUCAACAUGCGUGCAACAAUCAAAUCAGCCACGUGCUCACGAAAGUCACGUAAACGAAAGACCAACUGUGCAACCCGGAGAGGUGUUCCCUUCAGCAACAAGCGAACGCCAUUACCACAGCAACGUAUGUAAUAAUAAUCAUAUCAUUCAAUAUCACGUGCCUCGAAAAUCGGAUGUCUCCCGUCGAGGAUCAUUGAGCAACAACAUCAAGGGCAACCGCGACCCGUCUUCCGAUCUGAGCGACAUCAGAAUUUAA